AUGUCUGCAGUGGUUUUCUUUCCCUUAUACAGAGUGUCCUUCCUGCUGGAGAGUUUCCUGAUCCGGCAGGAGAUGAACGGCGGCGCGUGGUGCCCCAAGGCGCAGAUCUCGAGCGAGGUGCGCGAGUACCUCGAGGUGGACCUGCAGGCCGAGCACCUCGUCACGCGCACCGAGACGCAGGGCCGCUUCGGCAACGGCCAGGGCCAGGAGUACGCCGAGCAGUUUCUGCUCGAGUACUGGCGGCCGGGGCUCAACCGCUGGGUCUCGUACCGUGAUCACGGUGGCUACAAGGUGCUGACGGGCAACAGCAACACGUACCUGGUGGCGCAGCAGAAGCUGGCGCUGCCGUUCGUGGCGACCAAGGUGCGCUUCAUCCCCUACAGCGAGUACCCGCGCACCGUCUGCAUGCGCGUCGAGCUGUACGGCUGCCCCUGGGAACAAAACGUGGUCCGCUACUCGUCGCCGCCGCCGGGCAUGGUGGACCGCAGCUACGACGGCGAGCUCGGCCAGCUCGUGGACGGGCUCCGCGGCCCGGACCACUUCCUGGGCAGCCCCGGCGCGGACGGCACGGAGCGGCGCUGGGUGGGCUGGAGGCCCGUGGACGGCCGCCCGCUCGAGAUCACGUUCCAGUUCGGGGGCCCGCGCGAGUUCCACAGCGCGCGCAUCCACGUCAACAACCGCGUCAGCCAGGGCGUCAGGGUGCCCAAGAUGGUGACCGUUUCCUUCAGCGUUGACGGACGGCGCUGGCUGCAGAGGACGCAGUUCGCCAUUGUCCCGGCCUCGGCGGCCACCACGACCUCGGCGCCGAGCACCACGACGCCGGGCGCGGCGGCGGCCACCACCUCCACCACCACGGCCAGCCCCGUGCCCAUGUCCCUGCCUCGGCAGGCCGAGGCCGCGGUCGCCAACGAGAGCGCGGCCCUGGUGGCCGAGGUCGCGACGUCCAGCGGCGAGGAGGCGCGCGACCUGGUGGUGCCGCUCGGAGGCAGGGUGGCCAAGUACAUCCGGAUCGAGCUCGAGUUCGCCUCCACCUGGAUCCUCAUCAGCGAGGUGGCCUUCGAGUCGGUGGCGCUCCAGGGCAACCUGACGGACGAGUCGCUGGAGCGGAUGCUGCGGCCGGGCGGCGCUGGAGACGCGGCGACGGCCACUGCCACGCAGGGGCCGCACGUCAAGAGCGCCGUGACGCCAGCGACGACGGCGGCCUCGGACCAGGCGCAGUACUUUGGCCUCAUCUUCGGCGCGCUGGUGCUGUCGGUGGUGGUGGGCGGCGUCAUGUUCCUGCUGCUGUGGCGCCGCGGCCGCCAGAAGGUGUCGCUGCUGCACAAGCACACGGCCCUCAUGUGCGGCCAGGGCAAAGGGCAGGCCGUGUCCAUGAAGGACCUCAAGCUCACGCCCGUCAUCGGCACCAACGGCCAGGUGUUCAACAGGACCUGCCUAACGUCGUCGGUCAAGAGCAAGAACGGCACGCUGGCCAACGGCGACUACACCCUGGACAAGAAGACGAGCGCCGGCCUGGGCGCGUACGGGCAGGUGGUGCUCGGCGAGGAGAGCGACUCGGAGAACUCGUCCGCCUACCACGAGCCCUACAAGCUGCUGCACAAGAAGACGGACUACUUCGGGCUGCUCAAGAAGGACGCCACGUCCAAGAGCGCGGACACGGAUUUGUCGACGAUCGCGGACGAUGCCAAGUACGGCCCGUACAACAGCAUAACGAUGUCCUCUCAGCGCCCCAACGGCAAGACGGACAAGUGCUCGACGCUGUUCAAGGCCCUGGGGCCGCAGCCAGCCCUGCCCCAGGAGGAGAACUUCUACGCGGCCACCGACAUCGUCAGGAGCGAGCGGCGGGAGCAGCACCUGUCUGUCGGCCGUCUCACCUGCCUCCAGGCCCCGGUGGGCGUCCCGGUCCUCGAGGGCGCCGCGUCUCUCCUGGAGUUUAACCGGCACCGCCUCAGGAUGGUCUCCAAGCUCGGCGACGGCAACUUCGGAACGAUUCACGUCUGCGAGGCGGAGGGCGCCCCCGACUACAGCGGGCUGUCUUCCUUCCACAAGAAGCAGAUCGUUAUUUCCAAGUCGCUGGGACGCCGCUGCGGGGACACCACAAAGCAAGAGUUUCUCCGCGAGGCCAGCUGGCUGGCCACCCUCAGGGACACCAACGUGUGCCGUGUCGUGGCGAUCUGCAGCCAGGACGGCCCGCCCUGUCUCAUGCAGGAGUACUCGGAGCACGGUGACCUGUACGCGUACCUUCAGCGGCCAGAGAACCUGUCACUCAGUUAUGGAUGCCUGAUUUACAUGGCCACCCAAAUAGCGUCCGGCAUGAAAUACCUGGAGGCUCUAGAAGUCACUCAUAGGGAUUUGGCGGCCAGGAACUGCGUUGUGAGCCACCACUACAACGUCAAGGUUUCGGAUCACGCAGUGUUCUGCUCGGCGUACGACCUGCACUACUACAACAGCGACACGGGUUCGAGACUGCCCAUUCGCUGGAUGGCCUGGGAGAGCCUGCUUCUUGGCCAGCACAGCCCGCGCAGCGACGUGUGGUCGUUCGCGGUGACGCUGUGGGAGGUGCUGGGACGCUGCCGCGAGCUGCCGUUCUGCGAGCUCACCUCGGAGCAGGUGGUGGAGAACUCGAGCCACUGGUACCAGGACUCGGGGCUGCAGCGGGCGCUGUCCCGGCCGCCGCUCUGCCCGCGGGAGAUCUACGACCUGAUGCUCGAGUGCUGGCGGCGCGCCAAGGAGACGCGCCCGCGCUUCCACGAGAUACACCUGUUCCUGCAGCGGAAGAACCUCGGCUACGAGCCCGCCUCGUGAUACUCGGACGGGGAGAUGUCGUCCUCGUAGGGGCACGGACCGUCUCCCCGCCCACAACGUGCGCGUGCUGUGCACCUCUGUGCAGCCCCGGUCAGAGAGGCCAAGGCUUGAAACCCUACAUGCUGGUAUCAGGACUGAAUUUACGCAUGUGGCUUUUUCAAGUAUUUUCACGUCUGAUCGGGCGUGAUGCCAUACACUUCUUACAACAAAGGGAAAAGUCAGACGCUAUUCAAGUACGUGAAUGUGAUGAGCGAAAACGGAGAGUUCUUUGGAGUUCAUCGCCUUCGCUGUGACUCCUUAUAGGAUAGUUCUCUGUCACUUGUCUGGUUUGUGAAGGUUUACUGAAUUCUCAUACUCUUUUUUGUUCGUAUUCUUCUACAUAACAAAAAGUGGUGAGGAAUACCCUCAGCAAAUCGUGUAAUUUCCAAUGUGCUGAAAAAGACUAUGAUUCCAUAGAUUUUUAUUUGUCAACCAUCCCAACAAACAGUAAAACUUCAGAGAGACGUCCUAUUGACAUGUCCAUGACUAAAUCAGGUAAAAGUUUGGUCAAAAUUUAGACUGGUAUGUACACAUGCCAUUUUGACAUGACCUGUUUGACCUAUUCUUGAUGUUUUCCUGUUUGUUGGGCAUGUGCAGAUAAAUUUAGAUAUAAUGUAAUGUUGCUUGUAAGAUCAAAUUUCUGUGAUACUAUUUAAUUGCCUACCUUAUUGCUACUGGAAUUCGUGAGCAUAAUUUAUUUAUUGCUCUUGGAUUCUAAUGCUUCAAAUUUUUAAUAUGGUAAUAGAUGACUUUGCAGACUCCUCCCAACCAAUAUUUUGUGUUCAAAAAUUUCUCAAAAUGAUUGAUCUCAGUAAGGGAAGAAUCUUCCUAUGGGUGGUAUACUGAGGUCUUCUGCAUUGACACUCCAGUAGGCUUCUGACUUAGUUGCGAAUUUCAAUUGUGACAAGUAUUCCUCGUUUUCUUGAUAAAUAAUCUUCAAUACGGUAUUAACAAUCUUAUUUGCAAUUGAAACUAAUUUAUUUUUUUAAAGUGGGUUAAAUGACUGAAGGGUUAGAUGUUUUUCAAAGACAUUUGUCAUUUGGAAUGUCUGAUAAAGUACUCCUCUAUUUUCAUCAUCAUAAGUACUGUGUUCAGUUCUCAAUAAAAAUCAAGUAGAUGUGUAAUUACAAAGAUUACUGCGAGGAAGUACUUUGUUUGCUAAAUUGAUAUUUUUUCUUUUUCUUUCCCUUUUAUCUUGUUCUCUUUUUUCUUUGCAAUUUCUGUAAACUUUGUAAUUUCAAAUUGGUUUUGUGCAUUACCAGUUGCGUUUACUGGAUACCUGAUGUUUCCCCAGAAUACAGGUUGAAGUUAGUUUCAUUCAUUGAUUGAAUGAAAUGUUACCACGGUAUAUACUACUGUAAACUUUUGAUUUCUGCUUCCAUAUUCUUUCCACGUAAUUUUAUGAAAGUUGUUUAAUAGUAUGAAAAUUAUAAAUUUUAAUCUUAACAUUCUGCAACUUCCACCUCAAUCUCAUCAAUUUGAUGAAAACAGCAAUUGACCUAUCUAAAAUGUUGAGACAGAUGUGCGUCAUGUGCAUUCUCCCUGUCAGCUCAUCUGUUUGACUUUUCAUGUUAGCAACUUUAACAUAAAACUCUGGUUGGAAUUUCCUACUAUUAGCAGUAACAUUCUGUGCUGUGUGUGGUUAUUAUAUUUAUAAUACAAUAACGAGUAUGACUAUUUGUAAACUUUAAAGCUGUUUCUUAACACUUUCAACUGUGAUAUCAUUUUGUAUCAAGACCUCAGCAUACGAUGAUCAUGGUCAUGAACAGUAUCUUUAACUGAAAUUAUAGUUUAUGUACAUUUACCUUUACAAAAGAAUGUGCAAGACAUAUUUUAAAAAUCUUCCAUAAAUUUCAGCACUGUGUACCUCUAAUUUCUCUAAAUAUCUUUAGACUUAUCAUGUGAAAACCUGAGGAUAAUUAUGACAAUCCUUUAUCACUAUAAAUGCCACCAAUGAACACUGUUAAAAUUUUUGUCACUUUCAUGAUAUUCUUGUAGUGAAAGAGAACCAAGGCAUUUUUGUCAAAGUGGCUAAGAAUUUUUGCUGUGUAUUUGCCAUGUGAAUGUUGUUAUGUUUAAGUAAAUUCGUCUUAACAUAUCUCUUUUUUUUACAUAAAUAAUUAAAUUGAACUUGAAAUAAAUCAGAUAAUUAAUGA